UUAAAUUAAAUAAAUCGGGGGAAAAAAGGAAGAAGAAGAAGAAAAGCUAUAACGUAUCUUCAAUUUCAUUAUAACCCAACAACAACAAUAGUGCGUCUCUUUCUUUCUUUCUCGCUCUUCUGGUUCGGAUUUUUGGGUUCUCUAUCCGAGAAAACCCUGUUGUUCUUCGUGGAAUCAAUGAGUUUCGAUUGAAUUUUUGAUUCUGUGUUGGAGGAAGUGGAUCUGAGUUCUGGAUCCCGAUCCAUUGCCGUUAUCGUUGUUCGAAUCGGUUUGUGCUGAGUUCAUUAGAUCGAUAGGGUUGUGAAAGAAUGUCGUCGGAGGAAGAGAAAUUAUUGAAGGAGGCGAAGAAGUUGCCGUGGGAGGAUCGUCUCUUUCAUAAGAAUUGGAAGGUUCGAAAUGAGGCUAAUAUCGACUUGGCCUCGCUUUGUGACUCCAUUACUGAUCCUAAGGAUGCUCGUCUUCGUGAAUUUGGACAUUUUUUUAGGAAGACUGUGGUGGAUUCUAAUGCGCCAGUGCAAGAGAAGGCAUUGGAUGCUUUGAUUGCUUACUUACGAGCCGCUGAUGCUGAUGCUGGAAGGUAUGGCAAAGAAGUAUGUGAUGCGGUUGUGGCGAAAUGCCUUACCGGUAGGCCUAAGACUGUGGAGAAGGCCCAGGCCAUUUUCAUGCUUUGGAUUGAAUUGGAGGCAGUGGAGCCUUUCUUGGAUGCAAUGGAGAAGGCAAUAAAAGCCAAAGUUGCUAAAGCUGUUGUACCUGCAAUUGAUGUCAUGUUUCAAGCCUUAAGUGAAUUUGGGGCAAAAGUUGUGCCUCCAAAGAGGAUAUUGAAGAUGUUGCCUGAACUUUUUGACCAUCAAGAUCAAAAUGUCCGUGCAUCUUCUAAAGGACUUACACUUGAGCUUUGUCGAUGGAUUGGAAAAGACCCUGUAAAAUCUAUAUUAUUUGAGAAAAUGCGGGAUACAAUGAAAAAAGAAUUGGAGGCUGAGCUGGUGAAUGUAACAGGGGGGGCUAAGCCGUGUCGCAAAAUAAGGUCUGAGCAAGAUAAAGAGCCAGAAAAGGAGGUUGUAUCUGAAGUUGUGGGUGCUGGUCCAUCUGAAGAAUCUACAGCUGAUGCUCCUCAGGAAAUAGAUGAGUAUGAUCUUGUUGAUCCUGUUGAUAUCUUGGCUCCUUUGGAGAAGUCUGGAUUUUGGGAUGGACUGAAAGCCACCAAGUGGUCAGAACGGAAAGAGGCUGUUGCAGAGCUAACCAAGCUUGCUUCAACAAAAAAAAUAGCACCCGGUGAUUUCUCAGAAAUUUGUCGGUCACUAAAAAAGCUCGUAACAGAUGUUAAUAUUGCUGUAGCAGUUGAGGCUAUUCAAGCUAUUGGUAAUCUUGCUCGUGGUUUAAGAACUAAUUUUUCUGCAAGUUCUCGCUUCCUAUUGCCAGUUUUGCUGGAAAAAUUGAAAGAGAAAAAACCUACUUCAACUGAGGCACUAAAUCAAAGUCUUCAAGCAAUGCAUACAGCUGGGUGCUUAAGUCUAGCUGACAUUGUGGAAGAUAUUAAGACAGCUGUGAAAAAUAAGGUCCCUCUUGUACGGUCAUCAACUCUUAACUGGGUAACAUUCUGUAUUGAAACGAGUAACAAGGCUGUUAUUCUAAAGGUGCACAAGGACUAUGUGCCUAUCCUUAUGGAGUGCCUCAAUGAUGGGACUCCAGAUGUGAGGGAUGCUGCCUUUUCAGCUUUGAGUGCAAUAGCUAAGUUGGUCGGUAUGAGACCCUUGGAGCGGUCACUUGAGAAACUUGAUGACGUGAGAAGAAAGAAGCUUUCUGAAAUGAUUGCAGGUUCUGAAGGUGGUGCAUCCACCAAUACAGGCUCAGCAGUCCAAACUUCUGGUACAACGUCGUCCUCUCAUGAGGCAUCAGAUACUUCAUUUGUUAAAAAGUCAGCAGCAAGCAUGCUUAGUGGGAAGAGGCCUGUUCAAGCAGCUGCUACAAACAAAAAAGGGGCUUCUGCUAAAGCGGGUGUGAGUAAGAAGAGUGAUGCACCUGCACAGGCAAAAUCCUCUAAAUCUGCUGAAGCACCCGAAGAUGUUGAGCCAUCUGAAAUGGGUCUUGAAGAGAUUGAAAGCAGAUUGGGCUCUCUUGUACAAGCAGAUACUAUUUCCCAACUGAAGAGUACUGUGUGGAAGGAACGGCUUGAAGCAAUAACUUCAUUUAAACAACAAGUGGAAAGCUUAUCAGACCUAGACCACUGGGUUGAGUUAUUAAUUCGUUUACUAUGUGCUGUCCCUGGAUGGAGUGAGAAAAAUGUCCAGGUUCAGCAGCAGGCUAUUGAAGUUAUUACUUUCAUAGCCUCUUCGUCAACCAAAUUUCCUAAGAAGUGUGUAGUGCUUUGCCUUCUGGGUAUAAGUGAGCGGGUUGCUGACAUCAAGACUCGUGCACAUGCCAUGAAAUGCCUCACUACUUUUUGUGAAGCUGUGGGUCCUGGAUUUAUUUUUGAAAGACUUUACAAGAUACUGAAAGAGCACAAGAAUCCUAAGGUUCUGAGUGAGGGGCUACUGUGGAUGGUUUCAGCAGUGGAAGAUUUUGGCAUCACACAUUUGAAACUUAAGGAUUUAAUUGAUUUUUGUAAAGAUACUGGGCUGCAGUCAAGUGCAGCUGCUACUAGGAAUGCUUCUGUCAAACUUUUGGGUGUUUUACAUAAAUUUGUUGGUCCAGAUAUUAAAGGGUUUCUUUCUGAUGUUAAACCUGCACUUCUUAGUGCACUUGACACGGAGUAUGAGAAGAAUCCAUUUGAGGGUGCAGCAGCAGCUCCGAAGAGAACUAUUAAAUCAGCAGAAGCUACGUCUGCAUCUUCUGGUGGACUAGAUGGCCUGCCACGUGAAGAUAUUAGUGGGAAAAUCACACCCGCGCUGCUGAAAGGCUUGGAAAGUACCGAUUGGAAGGCUCGCUUGGAGUCAAUUGAAGCUGUGAAUAAAGUUUUGGAAGAGGCUAACAAGCGCAUCCAACCCAAUGGAACUGCUGAACUGUUUGGUGCCUUAAGGGGUCGUCUAGGUGACAGUAACAAAAAUUUAGUCAUGGCAACAUUGACAUGCAUUGGCAAUGUUGCAGUUGCAAUGGGUCCUGCUGUUGAGAAAGCAAGCAAGGGCAUUUUAGCGGAUGUUUUGAAAUGUUUGGGUGACAAUAAAAAACACAUGAGAGAAUGCACAUUGAAUACCUUGGAUUCUUGGCUAUCUGCUGUUCAUCUGGAUAAAAUGGUUCCGUACAUUGCUGGAGCUUGGACCGAUGCAAAACUUGGCGCGGAAGGGCGCAAGGAUCUUUUUGAGUGGUUGUCAAAGCAACUCUCUGGGUUAACUGAAUUUCCUGAUGCUGUACAGCUACUAAAGCCAGCUUCCUCUGCUCUGACGGAUAAAUCGUCAGAUGUUCGUAAAGCAGCAGAGACAUGCAUUGCUGAAAUCUUGAGAGUUUGUACACAAGAAACUGUUGAGAAACUUGUUAGGGAUACUCAGGGACCAGCUUUAGCUCUUGUUCAUGAACGUUUGAAGCCUGGUGGUGCUUUUCAAGAAUCUUUUGAAUCUGCCAAAACAAUUUCGGCCCCUGCAUCCAAGACCCUUUCGAAAGUGGGUAAAUCCACUUCUAAUGGCGUUCUGAAGCAUGGAAGCAAAGCAGCAUCUUCUAGAACUGCUGGUACGAAAGCAUUGAAGUCAGAAUCAAGUAUGUCUGUACAAGAUAUAGCAGUUCAAUCACAGGCUUUACUAAAUAUUAAAGAUUCCAAUAAGGAGGAAAGGGAAAGAUUGGUAGUCAGGAGAUUCAAGUUUGAAGAUCCUCGGAUAGAACAAAUUCAAGACCUGGAGAAUGAUUUGAUGAAGUACUUCAGAGAGGAUUUGCAUAGACGGCUUCUAAGCACAGAUUUUAAGAAGCAAAUUGACGGGCUUGAGAUACUGCAAAAGGCACUCCCAUUGAUUGGCAAGGAAAUAGUUGAAGUUCUGGAUAUACUACUGAGAUGGUUUGUUUUACAGUUCUGUAAAUCAAACACAACAUGCUUAUUGAAGGUGCUGGAAUUUCUUCCUGAACUUUUGGACACCUUGAGGAAUGAGGGACACUCUUUGACCGAGUCAGAAGCAGCCAUAUUUUUACCAUGUUUGAUAGAGAAGAUGGGACAUAAUAUUGAGAAAUUACGGGAAAAAAUACGAGAGCUGACCAAACAAAUUGUACAGACGUAUUCUGCUGCAAAAUGCUUCCCUUAUAUUUUGGAGGGUUUGCGUUCGAAAAACAACCGUACGCGAAUAGAGUGUGCCGACCUUGUUGGGUAUAUAUUAGAUAAUCAUGGUGCUGAGAUUAGUGGGCAGUUAAAGUCAUUGCAGAUUGUUGCAAGCUUGACAGCCGAAAGAGAUGGUGAAACUAGAAAAGCUGCUUUGAAUACUCUUGCCACUGGGUAUAAGAUUCUUGGUGAGGAUAUAUGGAGGUAUGUUGGGAAGCUAACCGAUGCUCAGAAAAGCAUGCUGGAUGACAGGUUUAAAUGGAAGGUUCGAGAGAUGGAAAAAAGGAAGGAAGGGAAGCCUGGCGAAGCCAGAGCUGCUUUGAGACGUUCUGUGAGGGAAAUUGGUUCGGACGUAGCAGAACAAAGUGGAGAGGUUAUGCGAUCUGUCUCUGGUCCAGUACUUGCAAGGAAAAACUUUGGGAAUGCUGAGAUACAUGUAGAGAGACAAGUUAUGCCCCGUGUUCUUGCUGGUACCAAUGGACCAACUGAUUGGAAUGAAGCAUUGGAUAUUAUUUCUUUUGGUUCUCCUGAGCAGUCUGUUGAAGGAAUGAAAGUUGUGUGUCAUGAGCUGACGCAAGCCACUAAUGAUCCAGAAGGUAGUGCAAUGGAUGAACUUAUUAAAGAUGCAGACAGACUUGUUUCAUGCCUUGCAAACAAGGUUGCCAAGACCUUUGAUUUCAGCUUGACCGGAGCAUCAUCUAGAUCUUGUAAAUAUGUUCUCAACACCCUCAUGCAGACAUUUCAAAACAAAAGACUGGCUUACGCCGUCAAGGAAAGUACUCUUGAUAGUCUAAUUACUGAGCUCCUUCUAUGGCUGUUGGAUGAGAGAGUUCCACAUAUGGAUGAUGGCAGCCAGCUUUUAAAAGCUUUGAAUGUUCUAAUGCUAAAGAUUCUGGAUAAUGCAGAUAGAACUUCGUCCUUUGUUGUUCUCAUCAAUCUUUUACGUCCAUUAGAUCCCUCAAGGUGGCCUUCACCUGCAUCAAAUGAGACAUUUGCUGUCAGAAAUCAGAAGUUCUCUGAUCUGGUUGUCAAAUGUUUAAUUAAACUUACAAAGGUUCUUCAAAGCACUAUUUAUGACGUUGACCUUGACCGCAUCCUUCAAAGCAUCCAUUUAUAUCUGCAAGACUUGGGGAUGGAAGAAAUUAGAAGACGUGCCGGUGCUGAUGACAAACCAUUGCGCAUGGUGAAAACUGUUCUACAUGAACUUGUGAAGCUUCGAGGAGCUGCUAUUAAAGGCCACCUUUCUAUGGUUCCCAUUGACAUGAAGCCUCAACCAAUUAUUCUUGCUUACAUUGAUCUUAAUCUAGAGACUUUGGCUGCGGCAAGGAUGUUGACAGCAACUGGGCCUGGCGGUCAAACACAUUGGGGUGAUUCAGCAGCUAACAAUGCAUCAUCUGCCACACAUUCUGCUGAUGCGCAGUUGAAGCAAGAACUUGCUGCCAUAUUCAAGAAAAUUGGAGAUAAGCAGACUUGUACCAUUGGUCUGUAUGAGCUCUACCGAAUCACUCAACUAUACCCAAAAGUUGAUAUAUUCUCACAACUCCAAAAUGCUAGCGAGGCUUUCCGGACGUAUAUCAGAGAUGGCUUAGCCCAGAUGGAAAAGAAUGCUGCGGCUGGAAGGACACCUUCGAGUUUACCGUUGUCAACUCCUCCUCCGUCAGCUUUAAGUCUUCCUUCCCCAGAAUUUACACCCCUCUCUCCUGUACAUACAAAUUCUCUAAAUGAUGCCAAAUCAUUAAACGUGAAAUCCGAUCUCACUAACUUCAAUCUUCCACCAUCAUAUGUCGAAGAUGGUAGAGCAAACAAUUCCAUUUCUUCUAGAGGUCAUGCCAUGGAAAACACAUUCGCUGACCAAAGAAACGAGAGAUACUUGGCUGGAGUUACUAGUGGGACAUUGGAUGCAAUUAGAGAAAGGAUGAAGAGUAUGCAAUUGGCCGCAGCUGGUGUCAAUCAUGAAACCGAAAGCAGGCCUAAUGUUUAUAUGAACGACGACAUGAACCACGGAUUCUCCGAACAGGUUCACCAUCAUCAACAACAACAACAACAACAUCAACAUCAUCAUGCAUCAUCAGAACAUGCUAAUAUAGACAAUCCCAUUCGCAGCAACGUCCUUCCGAUGGAUGAGAAGGCAUUAUCUGGGCUCCAAGCUCGGAUGGAGAGACUCAAAAGCGGAACACUUGAACCGCUGUAGAGACUUGACUGAUUAUUAUUGUCAAGUAUUACCUUUACCCAUCCUAUUAUCACCACCAUUGAUUCCCAUUUUUCUUCUUCUGUUUACGGAGGAACGGGAGCAGAAGGUGUCCUGUCUAUGCAAUUUUAUUGUAUAAAAAGAAAGAAAAGAAGUGAGUAUGGAAUUAGUAAAAUUCUUUUUGAUUAUUAAUGUUGUGCUUAUCAGAGUUUUAGGAGAGUUUUAAGUACACUUAGUAGCAAGCAAAGUAGCACUAUGAUGUGCUAUAUUGCGUGUUGAGCAAUUUAGCAUUAUUUGUAUAUUUGUAACACCAAAUUUCAUUGCUUUAAUUUAAAAAAGCAAGUGUACGCCACCUUUCUCA